AUAACGUAAAAACAGGAUCAUCAUCCAUCCGCUUUCACCUCUCUGUAAUGCGACUUACGUGUUUCUGGUUGCACAAUCACACUUCCUGUAAGAUCAUCAGCUAGCGGCAGCGAGGAAGAGACAGUAGAAUGCUGGCCACCAGAGCUCUUCGCCUUGUUGGCAAACGUGCCAUUUCCACAUCUGUCUGUGUACGUGGAGGACAUGGUGUCGCUAAGGUAGAGGACUACACUCUCCCUGCCUACUUUGACAGGCGGGAGAAUCCUCUUCCAGAUAUCUGCUAUGUGCAGAACCUGAGUCCAGAGCAGGCAUCCCUGAAGGAGAAGGAGAAGGGCGCCUGGGCUGCACUCUCUGAUGAUGAGAAGAUUGCAUUGUACCGCAUCAGCUUCAAACAGAGCUUUGCUGAGAUGACCCAGGGAUCGUCAGAGUGGAAGUCUGUGGUUGGAGGGAUGUUUUUCUUAAUCGGCUUCACUGGCCUGAUUGUGCUCUGGCAGAGAAAGUAUGUGUAUGGACCCGUCCCACACACAUUUGAGGCCGAGUGGAAAGAGAAGGAGCUGCAGAGGGUGUUGGACAUGAGAAUGAACCCAGUGGAAGGCUUCGCAUCCCAGUGGGACUACGAGAACAAGCAGUGGAAAAAGUAAAGGCCCCAGAGGAUCAUAACGCAUACUUGAAAAUAAAGUCAGACCAACUCAAAGAUACAAGAAUAGCUAUAUUUCUGUAUUCAUCAAUUGUUCACAUUACCUCAGUCUGUGCAUUUUGGAAGACCUCUUCCUCUUAAGGUCAUCGUGUAUUAUAGAAGUGAGAAUAAAAAUGGUUAAACUUAUAAAGCUU